UCCGUCAGUAGAGCGGUGUCUGACAGCCUGCUUGCGCGGGCCAGUAGCUCCCUUGCCCGGCUGGGGAAUCCGACAGGGCUCGGUCCAAGACAGAGCGAGGGAAAGACCCGGGGAGAAGAAAAACAAUAAGGAGCGGGCUGACAAACGGAAGCGGGGGAAGUGAAAGUAGACGACUAGUUGUUUUUGUUUUUCCUUCAGGACUCGGGGAGCAUGUUUUGGCAGUGACAGGACUCAGAGGUGGGAGAGGAUAUGAUUUUUUAUUGUGUUUUUCUCCAUUGCUUUCACUGCGCUCAUACUGUACAUCAGCCCACCGAGCCUCGUGAAGGACCAGCCGCACUCCUGCUGCUCUGCCGCCGCUGCUGUUCCCUCCUCAUAGCGGAUCGGGCUCCGGAUAAACGUGUGUGGAUGCUGUGAUGAUUUCUCUUACAUGUUUACAUUAAAUAACACCUCUGGGGAGAGAGAUAAACUAGGAUAAGAUCAGGAAACAACAGUGAAACAGCGAGGGGAGGCAAAAAUAUUUAUCAAGUAGUGAGGUAGAGGGAGGCUGUGGUGUAUAACGGACACCAGGAGGAGGAGAGAGGAGGAGUCGCAGCAGGAGGAGAACCAAAAACCUGCAGGUUUGUUGAGCCUGUGGGAAUGAGGACGAGGAGGGACGUAACACAUCCUAGGUGUCAGUGUGAUUAGAGGAGAGGGAGCUGGAGGAAGAGAAGGCGUUAAAGCGCAGGUUGUUCCCAGUCCAAGGAGGCGGUGAUGGCGGGUAAAGGCACCGGGGUUCACACACUCCGUCAGCCGACCGCAGCCCUGUCAGCAGCCGCAGCAGCAUGAGGAGGAGGAGGUACGCAGCACUGCACGUCUCAUCAGUCCUCCACAUCCUCAUUAUUCAUUUAGCCUUCCCCGCCCUCCUCUCCCCUCCAUUACAUCCAGCCAGUCACCCUUCCCAGCCGCCUUGACUAGUAUCCAUCCAUCCAUCAAUACAUUCAUCCAUCCAUGCCCUUCCUCUGUGUCCCAGCAGCCUCUCCAUCAGGCACUUUUUUGGACCUCAAGUUGCUUUCUAAAAUGUUGCAGUGACAGUCAGGAGCCCCUCAGCCAGGUGUUGGAGGCAGGUGUACCACUGGAACGCAAGAAAGCUUUGAUUUGUGUAAUUACUUCCCCCCCAAAAGGUGGAUUGUGAAGAUUUCAUUCAUCCUCGCCCAGAGCAGAUCAGAGAUUCUGGAAGGUACAAUCCCUGACAUCAAACAGGGAUUACAGGGAGCAUACACAACGGAGGUGACCCUUAUCAUAUCCUGAAGGAGACGAGACAUAGAGCAUGACCUUGUGUUUGUCUACGGUGCCAAAGAAGAGCCAGGGAGAAGCCUCCAUGGCCAGAGAAUCAUCGCCUUCCUAGCUCCAUCAGGAGCCCUUUUAACCCUGCUGCAAGCUGCACUUGGGGGCUCAAACGUUCCCCUGACUCCACCAGGAGGCUCGCUCCAACCCAUCUGCCAGCUCAGAUAAACCUCUGACUGUUGGCAACCACAUGUUUGAGGUGACUGUGUGUGACCGCCGCCGCCGCCCAUUCUCGAGCAGCAGCAGCUUCCUGCGACCCCGAUCUGCACCAUGCAGUGGAGACGGCGGCACUGCUGUCCCAUCAAGAUGACCUGGACCGUCAAGCGUUCGCUCUUCCGGACCCACGUGGCCGGCCUUCUCUCGCUGGCUCUGCUCUUUACCCUCUUCUUAUUUUUCAGCCACCAGGACUGGCUGCCAGGACGCAGUGGGCCCCGGGAAAACCCGCUGGCCUACACUGUCAGAGGCUUCCGCAGCCCCAAGGGAGAAACCAACCAGAGCAGCUCCCUGAGGAGCCUGUGGAGGGAGACGGGGUAUACAGCGCCAAAGCCUCUGCUCAACCUUAGCUCUCAGCAGGUGGGUGGGGCAGCGGGGGAGGCAGAAGGAGGGGGAGGAGGAGCCAGGAUGGGCGUAAUGGGGCUUGGGGACUCCAUGAGCACUAACAACAGUUUACAGAAGGAGAUGGGCGUGGGAGGGAGGCUUAGUGCUCAGCCCUACCGCUACAUCCUGAACGAGCCCUUCAAGUGCAGGGACAGUACGCCCUUCCUCAUCCUCCUCAUUGCUGCAGAACCGGGCCAGGCUGAUGCUCGCAACGCCAUCCGCCAGACAUGGGGGAACGAGAGUGUAGCAAUGGGCUUGGGGUUUGUCCGUCUUUUCCUGCUCGGCACAGGAAAAAGCUCAGACACCUACCUCCAGAGCAGCAUAGAGGAAGAGAGCCGCGUUCACCACGACAUCAUCCAACAGGACUAUCAAGACACUUACUACAACCUGACCAUCAAAACCCUGAUGGGCAUGAACUGGGUGGCCACCUAUUGCCCACACGCCUCCUAUGUGAUGAAGACAGACAGCGACAUGUUUGUCAAUACCGAGUAUCUCAUCCAAAAGCUGCUGAAGCCUGAGCUGCCUCCUAAGCAGAGGUACUUUACCGGCUACCUGAUGAGGGGCUAUGCACCAAACCGAAACAAGGACAGCAAGUGGUACAUGCCGCCGGAGCUGUACCCAAGCGAGCGAUACCCGAUAUUCUGCUCAGGCACGGGAUAUGUGUUCUCAGGGGACAUGGCCGAGCUGAUCUACCAGGCCUCUCUCAGCAUACGCAGGCUGCACCUGGAGGACGUUUACGUGGGGAUCUGCCUGGCAAAGCUGCGCAUCGACCCGGCGCCCCCUCCCAACGAGUUCCUCUUCAAUCACUGGCGGGUGUCUUACUCCAGUUGUAAGUACAGCCACCUGAUCACAUCCCAUCAGUUCCACCCCAAUGAACUCAUCAAGUACUGGAACCACUUGCAGAGCAACAAGCACAACGCCUGUAUCAACAUGGCCAAGGAAAAGAACGGCAGGUACAGACACCGAAAGUUUCAUGGAGAGAGGCCUCCAUGAUGCAUCCUGUGAGACUACCACCCGCCUCAACAAAGGGAGAUGGGCGCACUGUAACUACAGCCGGUGGAGGGCAUAUUGAACUCAGCACUAUACACUAUAUGGGGAAAAGCACAUUGUUUUUGGUAUUGUGUACAGUCGAUGAUCCAAACUAUUUUUUUAAUUUGAAAAAAUGUUAAGUAUUGUAAACCUGUUGAGCUAUUUCUAAAGGGAAGUGCGAUGACGAGCAUGCACAAAAUGUGCUGCGGCUCAAGAGCGGUGUUUAUGAUAAUUCAGGUGCCAACAGAAAAGUGGUAAUUCAUGCUCCAGUUAAUGUGAGGGCUCUCCUCUAAAGGGUAGUACAGUAUGUCGCACUCUACAAAUCUCAAAAAAAAAAAAAAAAAAAGACACAAUUGUGUUUACACAGACAAAGGGAAAUGCACAUGUAUAAUGUCGAAAGUUACACUACCUAAAUAUGAAUGAAAGUAUCUUUGACGUUGACCAGUUAUGCUGCCCUGUUUCUCAGUGUUUACUUUACAGAUUUAUUAAAGUACACAACUCUAAAGAGAAGGUUUAUCCGUCAUAUACUGUAUUUUAUUUUCAAAAAAUCUACAUGAAAGCACUCAUGUCACGUCAGAGAUGACUGAGAUUGUAUUUUUUAAAGCUUUACAUUGAGUAUGACUCUGCACUUGAGCAAAUGUGCAAUGAAUUAAUUAACAAUUAAAUGUACUGAACUCA